UCGGCAUUAGACCGUCAAUCGAACCGUAAAUUAAAGUCCUGCUGGAUGACGCAUCGAAUCUGUGCAUUGUUACUACUGCUGCUGGCGGCCAGCUGGACGUUGGUUUGGUCUUGUCAGUUUGGAUUUGGCACACAAAAUAAGCUGCAACACGAAAUGCAUGUCCUACACGCCCGUAGUGGACCUGUUGAGACACCGGUGGAAAUGACUCUGUACUUCGAUUACGAAGUUAGCCCAGUGUCGAAAGACGAGAUAACGUACUACUUUUUCUCGGUGUCUGUAACGAAUUGCUCCUACACCUAUGAUCCCAAUUUAAACACCAAUAGAGCUUUCCAAGUGAAAAUAUCGAGCCUCGAGCCAGUAACAGAAAUGUACGGAAACGUCACUAUUUACGGUAUUCGUUGGGGCUUAUCCACGUCAGGAAACUUGUGAUGUGAGGCUCAACUUUGACUAUCGUGCAUAGGCUAUUCGGUACAUAGACCCAGUUGGCGACCGAGUUUUACCGGUGAAGCAAAACGUGAAAGUUUAUAUCUAGAGUAUUGAGAAGCUAAACGAGUAAACUUUAGUGAUUGCUCAAGUUAUUGGCCGUAAUACAAUCCGCCUAAAACAUCAUUGAAUUACGGAUUAUCUGAUCGAAAAAAUAAAUAGCCACCAAAAAACGCUUAAAA